GAAAGAUUAAAAAAUGGUAAAAGUAUCUUAUAUCACCCUCGUUGCAUGCACAGUAUUUUUAGAAGCUAUUGGGGGUGUAUCACAAACUGAGACGCGAGCGGGAAACGUGCCAGAGGCUGGUCAGUGAAGGACGAGGUCAAAGCAGGGGGACCUGUCGUAAAUUCAUUGGUUGGAGUGUUAAAGAAGGACACAGUCUGGUUAGUCAGAUAGCGCUGCGCAGCCUUGAGUCGAAGCGUCUUUGCUCUGCAGGGAUCUCUCACACCAACUCAGCUCAUUAUCUCUCCCCAACCGUUUCUCUGAUGUGUCUCAGGUAGUCAGUAACAUGUAUAGGUUAUCGCGCUUCGCUAUGGAUGACUGGAAGUCUGACAUACCAUGCCAACCCAUCACUUCUGAACCUGGAGUGGCGAUUACGCGUGGAGUUGAUGCGCGCGUCUGUAGCAGCAGCACUCCCCGUGAUCUCCCUCACACCGUCGCCUCAGAAGAUACCAACAAACUGUGCGACGCAGUUUCCCUGUCCCUCGGACUAAAUUCUGAGUCGGAGAACUACGACAUGGAUCAGCCCUCGACGAGCCAAGCUUUCACCGAGAACGUCCAAAGUGAGGACCAACGCGCACACACGUCAUUGGAGUUGGCCGAAACUGGAAAGUCGUCUGAAAGUGUGAAAUCGUCACAUUUCCCAUAUCAGAGAGAGGGUAGGAGAUCAGUCGUGACAAACUCGCCUGGCUUCGUUGAAACUCUUCAAAGAAACAGAGACAAUCAUCUGUUUGGUAUGGCGACUUUGCAGUUGACAGCCACGAACACGGUGUCUGACAGCCGACAGCCCUACAUCGCAUCGGAACCCCUACAGAAGCCUAGCCCGGGUGUGCAUGGACAAAAUAUGGACGAUUCAGAGGCUACACCACCUCAGUUUGAAGACAUAUUGAGCAUAAACACCAGACAGCAUGGUGGUGGUGAAUGGGCCAGACAUCGCUUUACUCCGAACUCAGGGAUGUUUACAAAUGACUUGGAGGUCUCCGGCCAGCCCUGGAAGAGUGCUCGCCAAAACUGGGACGGUGCGGGCAAGGUAGUGAGCCAACCCUCGAGACACUGCAACGUCCCCUCUACAAACUACUCUAGCUAUGAUUUAUUUUUACGGAACUGCAAUGACUACACGUUGCGCGGAGCUCCCCUGUCGUUUAGUAGAUAUUUCCCAGAGUCCUACUAUUCUGGAGGGAUGUAUGGGAGGAUACCGACCGCCGCCUCUCUCCCCCGACCAUGUGAGUGGACAACCGGGCCAAACGGCCUCGCCCCAGCCUUCAGGCUGGAGGACAUGUUGCCCAUGAGUUUCCUGCUGGCCGCCCCGAGGGCCUGUCAGAUUUGCGGAGACGUGGCCUCUGGGUGUCACUAUGGAGCCCUCACAUGCGGCAGCUGCAAAGUGUUUUUCAAGCGUGCGGCCGAGGGGAAACAGAACUUCCUGUGUGCCAGCAGAAAUGACUGCACCAUAGACAAGCUCAGGAGGAAGAACUGCCCCUCGUGUCGCCUCAAAAGAUGCUUUGGGUCGGGGAUGACGCUCAGAUCCCGGAAGCUGAAGGUGAUUGACUCCCAGAAGCCCCCAGAGAGAAGUGACCCAGCCAGGCCGUCAGGAGACAGCACCUCGCCCAGAGCGGCCAUCACGCUGCACUCACUGCAGUCUCUGCAGGGCAUCCUGGAGCGCAUCGAGCCCCUGGUGGUGAACGCGGGUCAUGACCAGGGCCAGCCGGACAGCGCAGCCUCCCUCCUCACCAGCCUCAACCAGCUGGGGGAGAGACAGCUGGUGUCAGUGGUCAAGUGGGCCAAGGGCGUGCCAGGUUUCCGUAAUCUGCACGUGGAUGACCAGAUGAUGGCGAUUCAGUACUCGUGGAUGGUGAUCAUGGUGUUUGGGCUAGGAUGGAGGUCCUUCGUCGAGGCUGACGCCACACAACUCUUCUUCGCCCCUGACCUCAUUUUCGAUGAGAGCCGGAUGCGUGUGUCGGGGAUGUACGAGGACUGUGUGCGUCUGCGGCAGCUCUCGCAGCAGUUCAGCGGGCUGCGGGUCAGUCGCGAGGAGUUCCUCUGCAUGAAGGCCCUGCUGCUCUUCAGCUUCAUUCCAGCAGAAGGGCUGAAGAGCCAGGGCUGUUUCGACAAGCUGCGGACCACCUACAUUAACGAGCUGGACCGCGUGGUGACCGACCGUGACCACGGCAACCGCUCCGAGCGCCUGUUCCAGCUCACACAGCUCCUGGACUACCUGCAGCUGAUUGUGCAGAAGCUCCAUCAGUUCACCUACGACCUCUACGUCCAGACGCUGAUGCUCCAGACCACUGUGAACUUCCCCGAGAUGAUCUCUGAAAUCAUCUCUGUGCACGUGCCCAAGAUCCUCCGAGGCCUGGUCAAGCCCAUCCUGUUCCACAAGUGACCGCCGCUCCCGUUUGCAGCCUCCGGCACGUCACGUCACGUGGGCCUGGUGUCGAACGAUAAGCUAAAUCUCGUUUUUCUUCAACUGUCCAUUUACAACUUUGCUGAUUUCAUUUGCCUUUGUCUUAUCCUACGGUAGCAGGAGUUUUGUAAUAGUACAUACAUAUCUGUGAAAGACUUUAAAAUGGCCUACAACUGUUUUGUACCUUUUAUUGGGGUUUGUUAGAAAUCCUGAUAUGUGCCAUUUCUGCCCCAGUCUUGGGAAAGAUUACUCAGCGCUGUAAAUAAGGCCAAAAAUACCUGAAACAUUUUCGACGUGGACACGAAAUGUGAUGAACUUUCUGCUAGGUUACGGAUUAAUGUGAGUAUGUGUGUUCACAAAAUAUAUAGCCAUGACUAAAUAAAUAUGCUGAAUGGUAUAUCAGGGACAAAAACAUUGCAAAUUGUAUAUUUCUUUGUUUUGAUACAUUUCUAACACUAGUGUGUACCAGAACAUAAUUAUAUUCUUGUUUGUAAUGUAUUUGUAUUUGUGUUUAUUUUGUCGAUAUAAGCUGUCACCAAUCAAUACAAUCUAAUAAAUGUAGUAUUUUUAUUUCA